AUGCUCAGGCCUAGCGCGUGGCCCCUACCCAGAGCGCUCGGCGGACAAGGAGUUCAAUUUUCGACCAGCGGUUACUCAUUGCUGCCGGGCACAGGAAGCACGCGUAACGCACCAACCUUCCACAGGAGAGGAUUGAGCUCGUUACCGGUUGGCACAGUGCCCUCGCCAAACGAGAGCGACUUGUCGUCAGACCUUCAGCCCAAAGAGAUGGCGAUAGAUCACCAGUCCAGCGUCUCGGUGUCACCUAGCAACAGCAGCACGACGCUUCACCGCUCUGUGAGCGGAUCGAACACCUCCCAAAAAACUUUUCUCCGGCCGCCCAGCUUAAGUAGCUCGUCGCAGGCCGGUCACCAUCGGAGGAGAUCUUCGAUGUUACGACCAGCUUCCAAACCGAUGCUAUUCCACCCAUGGGUGUAUCAUCUGUCCAUACUGCUGGACCUGCUUCUGCGAUUCACCUGGUCACUGAAGCUCAGUAGUCAUCUGCACCACAUUGUGGAGCUAGAAGCCGGCGUGUUCUUCCUGGAGGGAUUGGAGAUUGUCAGACGCUGCGCUUGGGUUUUCCUCAGAGUGGAGUGGGAGGAGGUCAAGAGGGGCAGUUGGAACAGGCGUGUGCUGACCGGUUCAGCGCGGCAUGCUGGAUCUGGAUCGCCUCAGUCCGACAUGGCGAGGAGAAGAGAGGAUCACAAGGACGACUCUUGA